AUGGCAUCAAAGCAGGAAACGUACCAGGAAGCCUCGGAAAGGGAAUCGAUAUUUAAGAAACAUGCCUUCCCGGAGCACACAGUGGACCUAGGCGAAGUGCGCAUGAACUACGCCGUCGCGGGCUCGGAUUCCAACCCAGCUAUCCUGCUCAUCCCGGCGCAGGCCGAAUCGUGGUGGGGAUACGAGGACGCUAUGCACCUACUGGCAGAGUCGUACCAGGUGUACGCGGUCGACCUCCGCGGCCAGGGCAGAUCGACUUGGACGCCUGGGCGGUACAGCCUGGACAACUUCGGCAACGACCUUGUCAAAUUCAUCGACCUCGUCAUCAAGCGGCCCGUCAUCGUCAGCGGGCUGUCGUCCGGCGGCGUCUUGUCCGCGUGGCUGUCGGCGUUUGCAAAGCCCGGGCAGGUACUCGCCUGCGUGUACGAGGACCCGCCGCUGUUCGCGUCCGAGCUCACCCCGGCCGUCGGGCACGGCAUCAGGCAGACGAUUGCCGGUCCGAUAUUCAGGAUCUGGCACAAGUGGCUGGGCCCGCAGUGGUCCGUUGGGAACACGGAGGGGAUGCAGGAGGCCAUGGCCCACGAGCUGCCGAGCUGGAUCAGCAGGGCAAUGACGACCAUGCUGGCCGAGAUCAAGAUCGGGCCCGUGCCGCCCGAGCUGAGGGAAUACGACCCGGAGUGGGCGGAAGUUUUCUCGAGCGGGCGCUUGGCUGCCGGGUGCGACCACGAGAACAUGCUGAGGCAUGUCAAGGUCCCCGUGCUCCUCACGCACCACUACCGCAAGGUCGAUCCAGAAUCGGGCGGGCUCGCUGGUGCGAUCAGCGACGAGCAGGCCGAGCAUGUCAAGAAGCUCGUCGAGGGCGGCGGGAACUCGUUCACGUACAAGAGCUUCCCCAAGACGCCGCACUCGAUGCACGGCCACGACCCGGCGUGCUAUGUCGCUACGGUCACUGCUUGGCUUGAUGAGAGAGGCCUCGGAAAGGCGUUGAGGCCAUCGAAUGAUAAGCCAGCCACGACAGUGUAG